AUGGCCACCACCGUUCCCCCCACCACACCCCUGCCCUCCGACCCUACUUCUCCUACAACUUCCGCACCCGUGUCACCGUCGCUAACACCCUCUUCUGAUCCAGUUUCGGACACAACCCCCCCGGUUACAUCUCCCCCAGUAACCUCUCCACCCGUCACAUCUCCCCCAACAUCGCCUCCUGUCACCUCGCCUCCUUCGUCCCCCCCAGUGACCUCGCCCCCGACAUCAGAUCCCCCGACUUCGCCGCCCGUAUCGAAUCCACCCACGACAGAUGGAGGCAGCGUCCCCCCGACCACCGAUUCUACGACACCGACACCGACGUCCGAUACGGCUAGCGCUACGCCGUCUGUUAUAUCGACUCCUGUAACGACAGUCAUCCAGACUUCAGUCGUUCAGACAUCUGCAGACGGGCAGAUAUUCACGACCGUAAUUCAGACAUCGUCCGUUCUUCCCCCGGGGUCCACGAUCACCGCUGCCCCCAAUACCAACAACACCUCCUCUUCGUCCUCGAACACCGGCGCGAUCGUCGGUGGUGUAGUCGGGGGCAUCGCGGGUCUUGCACUAAUCGUAGGGGCUUUGGUGUGGUGGAGGCGCAGGCAGAACAGGUUCAAGGAGUUUGAGUUCGACGGCAAUUUUGACCCGGAUCGAUUUACGAGCGCGGGGGCCGGAGGGUUAGGUGGAGGUGCGCUUGGAGCGGGGGCAGCGGGAUUGGGAGGAGGAGGAGGGAAAGGUGGUGGGAGAACGGGGACGGGCACGCUGCCGAAUAUAAGUGUGGACGAUGGAGAUGGGUUUGGAGGGCCUGCUAUGGCAGGCGUCGCCGGCGCGGGUGCUUUGGCUGGCGCGGGGUUGGCUGGGCGGGGUGACAGGAGGAGUAACGGUAACAUCUACGCUAAUGGCGGUGGAAACGGGCAGGGGAAUGGGUACCCUAAUCCCUCGUCGUACAACAACCAGGGGAGGAAUGGGGGGAUUGAAGACGAGGACGAUGGUAUGGGCGGACGGCUGGGCGGGACGGCGAUUGGAGGGGGUGUCGUCACGCCAUUCGUGCUCGGGAGGCCGGGGCCUGGUCCUGGUCCUGGUGGUCGUCAGCAAAGCAUACCCGUCGGCGGCUACUUCCCCUCAUCCAACAUGUCGGAGAAGCAGCGCCUCAUGCUCGCGCAACAGCAGCAACAACAAAAUCUCCAACGACACCCGCAAAACCUCGCCGCCAACCACCCGAACCUCCCCAAUCCCUACGGAACGUACGGCGGCGCAGGCGGUCCAGGCGUGUACCCGUCACCCCCACCGACGUCUGUGUCGCCUACGACCGCGACGUUCUCGAACGAGGGCUCGGGGUUCAAUGCGUAUGACGGGUACCCGACGUCGAAUGACCAUUCUUCGUCGGCGGGCACGUCGGAUGGCGGCAGGUCGAACGCGAUGGCAAGGAAUGCGGCGAUGAGCGCGCUCGGUGCUGGGGCAGCAGCAGGCGGAGGGAGAGGGUACGAAGAGACAGAGUCGAAUUACAGCACGAGCGUCAGUGGGUAUGGUAAUUCGAGCUCGCAGGGCCAGCCGCUCUCCGUCGGCCAGGUCACGGAAAAGCAGCGCGAGGCCAUGGCGUCGUAUACCGGCGGCGGAUCGGGCGGGGGGAGGAUGGUUGCUAAUCCCGAUGAAGAUGCUCCUCAAGGCUCAGCGACCCAGCACCCGAACGCGUCGCACGUCCUCGUGCACCAUGACGGCGGGCGCGUGCCGCAGGCGCAGAAUAGCGGCGGCGACGUGGACGAGAUCCCGCCGACGUACGAUAGCAUCGGCGACGAAACACGACGAGGGCCGCGUACGUUCCACGCCAUCGUCGGCAUCAACUCUCAGCCUCGGAGCAGCGUCAAAUCCAAAUUCAAAGUCCCCGAACUGCUCAUCCCCAAGCCGCCGGGAUCCGCAGGGCGGAACUAUAACCUCCAACACGCGAUGGGGCUGUCGGAUAAGCGCGAGGCGCAUCUUUUCAUCGUGAAGAAAGUCCAAACGGCUUGCUGUAACGAGAAGCGGAUAAAUGAGCAAGAUCAGCUGGUAUUACACGAGCUCAUCGCGUCGUUGAGUAGCAUAUAUGCAUAUAUUCGCGCUAUAUUUCUUGCGGCGGUUCGAGAAAGGGUGGCCGGUCGACGAUAUGAAUAUGAUUCGGGAGGUGGCGACAAGAACAGGCCCAACUUGGGGGAUUGGGUGCCGGGUAGCAGCGACGACGAGAGUGGCGAUGAGAGUAAGGAUGACGACGGCGACGACGGCGACGAAGAGCUCGAUCUGAUCGAGCAGAAAUAUCUGCGCCUGGUCGCUAUCAUGACGCCCGUGUACGAAAUCUCCCUCAAGGAAGCCCAAAGGUACAUCGGAUAUCGCGCGACUAAUCAUUGA